AUGGCAGGGGGGUCGGAGCCCAGGCCACCAGAGGGCGAGAUGUGCUGCGUGUGCCACGAUGCCUUCGCCCUGCCCACCCAGGCCAACUGCGGCCACUGGUUCUGUGCGGAGUGCAUCCUGAGGGUGUGGCAUCACAGCUCGGCUCUCGUCCCCUGCAAGUGCCCCAUCUGUCGCCGCACCAUCACUCUCCUCCUCCCCUCCCACUCCGUCCAAACAUCGCCGCCCGCCCACCCAGCCACACAACCAAUGCCCUCCCCUGAUCCACCCGCACCUGCUUUGGAUGACCAGCAAAGGGCGACUUGUACCCUUUCUACACCUGAUCGAGCUAGACCCUCUUUGGAGCAGCGAACGGAAUCGCAAGGAGCAGUUUCUUCUAAACCCGUGGAGACUCAGCAGAGAGAGUCGCUUAGGCCUUCUCCCUCCUCCAGUUCUGAAGCUUCUCAGCAGCAGCAGCAGCAGCAGCAGCAGCAGGUGGAGGAGGAGGAGGAGGAGGAGCAGCAGCAGUACCACCGCCCACCGGAAUCAGCAGCAGCGGAAGCAGGGAAUCCGAACGUUGUACCAUCAACAGGCCGCACUGCUGCUCCUGAGCCAUCAGACCCUGACCGUCUUUCUGACGGCGCCCAGCCUCUCUCUCCGGAGCAUUCUCUUGAGCUCCUGAGGGAGGUGGCGCGCUACAACCGGCUCUUUGGAGGGGUGCCAGUGUCGCUGUGGCAGCGCAUCCUGGACAUGCCUCUGCUCCUCUCUCGACUCGUUCGGGACCUGACUGACCCGCUGAGGGCCCUCCUCUUGCUACACAACGCGCGAAUGGUGUUCUGUGUGGCUAUUGUUUUCGUGUAUGUUCUGUCACCAUUUGACCUCAUACCAGAAU